AUGCGAGUUAAGGACUUAUUUACAUUCAAAAAAUUCUGCAAACAGCGAAGCACAUUCCUGUCAGCAAACAAAAUUCUACUGAAUAUUUUAACGUCAAACAUGGAACAAACAAGUUUAGCUCGCAUACACAAUUCCCUGUACUGGCCCGAUCUUACAACGUAUGGCCCAAAAAUGACACGCGAGAUGUACCCUACAAAAGGGAAUAGUCCCUUGGGUUGUUCAAUUUCAGUGAAAGCGGAUGCAGACAGGGAUCCAGCUUACCUGUACUGGAUUGUGAAAGAAAUAGAAAACAACAGCAAUGCAGUUAACAUCUUGGAACCUGGAGACUGGAUAACAUCCAUCAAUGGUUCAAGCACUAUUAGCAACGACACAUCCUUUUUGGAAAAGUUGAAAAAUUGCCAAAGUGUUCUGAGUGUUACUAUAAGAAAGCCAUUAGAACAACAAGAGUUUUAUCUCUGGGACCCAAACCAAGUUGCAAUUGAUAUUAAAGUCAGAGUCAAGAGGCUUCCAUUCUCAGCUGCAUUUUCUCUCAACAUUUUUUAUCCUGACUUCCAGGAUAGUAAAAAAACAUAUGCAUUGGUGAACAACAUCAAGCUACCAGACUUCGACCACAAAAAAUUGAAACAUGGAGACAUUGUCAUUUCCAUCAAUGAACGUAAACUUGAGAAUGAAACAUAUGAAGGACUACAGAAAAUUGUCCACCAACUGAACCUUCAAAAGCAGAUCAAAGUAACUAUUCAACGGAGGCAAUGGAGACAGAAUGAUCACCUUACCAGCCUUGCAAUUGACUCACCAGCAAUUUUAGACUGGAGACCACUUCAAGCUGAGUUACAAAAGAAAAGUUCAAAAGAGCCACUCGGUUUUAAGUUUGUAUUUGCCAAGAAUCAACUAGAACAACCAUGCCCAAUAAUAAAGCAAAUUGCAGCUGGAGAAACACCAGCGGCCAAGUGUCCAUAUCUCAGCCCUGGAUGCAAGAUAACAGCUGUCAACAGACAACCAGUUAAAGGGCUCUCUUUUGAAGAGAUGAAAACCAUGCUUCAGAAAGCUCAGAUCACUGUAGUGUUAUCAAUUGAAGAACCCUUGGGCCUGCUACAAGAAAAGAAUUCGCCUUCUCCUAAAGAAAGGUACACAUGGCCAGUGGAGGAGGAGAAAGGAAUCCUUACCACAUCCCAAAGUGAAGCACAAAUUUCUUUUUCAAAUAGCUCUCUAGCAGAUGGAGUACAGAGUGUUGAUUUGUGUGAGGAGGUCCAAGGUGCAAGCAGCACCCUGAAUGAUGCAAAAUUUAAUGCUUCCCCUGACCAAGAGAGGCCAGUCAAUUGCUCAACUCAACAAAUGCCAUCUGAUUCUCAGAAUGGAUACAAUGAAGUAAACAGUCUGCCUUUGGCACCUACUGUGGAAGUGCCAAGCAAAGCCCAAGAUAUUUCUAUCUGCUGCAAAUGCGUGAAGAUAUCCAAGACAGACAAACAGGAACAAAUUAUUCACAAUAUUCCUGGGAAAAUAUACUUUACAAUGUGUCAAAGUUUGGAUAAAGAAUCUCCCUUCUUUAAUGACUAUCGUAUUUUUGGUGAGCACCUUGGGUUUACAAGAGGUGAGAUUAAUCUCCUAAACAAUCAACCAACUGAUAGUCUCCUGCGUGUUUGGAGUGAAAGAGAAGGAAAUAAUGCCACUGUUGAAAGGAUAAUGAAUAUUCUUGAUGACAUGCAACGCCAUGAUAUCUUACAGAUAUUACAAAACUGGGUAGAAAGUAAAAGUUGCUCAAAAUGCUUUAAAGCAUUCCAAAAAGCACACAAAAAAGAAUCUGAUGUGUAGUCAGAAGAGCAGGACAAGAAGGUCUCAACCUUUAACUCCCAUGAGUGACCAAGACAGAAUUUCUCCUUACAAUAUCAAUACAAUAUCAAGCAGAAAAGUGAUGAGAACAAAGGAAAAUAUCAAUUUGGGGACAAUUAGUUGAUCCAAUACUAAAUUCUCUGAACUAUCAGUAUAAGAAUUGUAUGGUUGACAGUAAGAAGAAUUACAAACAUGAUCUGGGAGUUAAAGGGUUAAGUAAAGACAUGGAUUUGAAAGAUCAAAUAAAUCAUGAAACAGAUUAACAUAAAAAAAAAAAUGCAAAACUCAAAGAAAAAAA